ACUUCCGGCCGAGCCGGAAGAUCCUCUCCCUCGCGGUGUCGAGUGGCUCCCGGCUGCGGGGUUGGGAGGGGAGGUCCGGGACGACCCCGGUAAACUCCUGGGCGUCGGGCCCACGACCUUUCCUUGGCGCCAUGGGUGUGAUAGGUAUUCAGCUGGUCGUUACCAUGGUGAUGGCCAGCGCCAUGCAGAAGAUCCUACCUCACUAUUCUCUUGCUCGAUGGCUCCUCUGUAAUGGCAGUUUGAGAUGGUAUCAACACCCUACAGAAGAAGAAUUAAGAAUUCUUGCAGGAAAGCAGCAAAAAGGGAAAAGCAGAAAAGACAGGAAAUAUAAUGGUCACAUUGAAAGUAAGCCACUAACCAUUCCAAAGGAUAUUGAUCUCCAUCUAGAAACAAAGUCAGUUACAGAAGUGGAUACUUUAGCAUUGCAUUACUUUCCAGAAUACCAGUGGCUGGUGGAUUUCACAGUGGCUGCUACAGUUGUCUAUCUAGUAACUGAAGUCUACUACAGUUUUAUGAAGCCCACACAGGAAAUGAAUAUCAGCUUAGUCUGGUGCCUGCUUGUUUUGUCUUUUGCAAUCAAAGUUCUAUUUUCAUUAACUACACACUAUUUUAAAGUAGAAGAUGGUGGUGAAAGAUCAGUCUGUGUUACCUUUGGAUUUUUUUUCUUUGUGAAAGCAAUGGCUGUCUUGAUUGUAACAGAAAACUAUCUGGAAUUUGGACUUGAAACAGGGUUUACAAAUUUUUCAGACAGUGCGAUGCAGUUUCUUGAAAAGCAAGGUUUAGAAUCUCAGGGUCCUGUUUCAAAACUUACUUUCAAAUUUUUCCUGGCUAUUUUCUGUUCACUCAUUGGGGCUUUUUUGACAUUUCCUGGAUUACGGCUGGCUCAAAUGCAUCUGGAUGCCCUGAAUUUGGCAACAGAAAAAAUUACACAAACAUUACUUCAUAUCAACUUCUUGGCACCUCUGUUUAUGGUUCUGCUCUGGGUAAAACCCAUCACCAAAGACUACAUUAUGAACCCACCAUUGGGUAAAGAAAGUGUUCCUUUAAUGACAGAAGCUACCUUCGAUACUCUGCGACUCUGGUUAAUAAUCCUGCUAUGUGCUUUGCGGUUGGCCAUGAUGCGUAGUCACCUGCAAGCUUACUUAAACUUAGCCCAGAAAUGUGUGGAUCAAAUGAAGAAAGAAGCAGGGCGAAUAAGCACAGUUGAGCUUCAGAAAAUGGUCGCUCGAGUCUUCUAUUACCUCUGCGUCAUCGCGCUGCAGUAUGUGGCUCCCCUGGUCAUGCUGCUUCACACAACCCUGCUUUUGAAAACCCUAGGUAAUCAUUCCUGGGGGAUUUAUCCAGAAUCUAUGUCUGCCUUGCCAGUGGAUAAUAGUCUACCCUCCAAUUCUCUUUAUUCUGAAUUACCAUCUGCUGAUGGGAAGAUGAAGGUAACUGUUACACAAAUAACAGUGGCACUGAGCAGCUUAAAAAACAUUUUCACUCCUCUGCUUUUUCGAGGACUUCUGUCUUUUCUGACCUGGUGGAUUGCUGCUUGUCUCUUUUCUACAAGCCUUUUUGGGCUUUUCUAUCACCAGUAUCUCACUGUGGCAUGAGUCUCAGUUAACAAAAACGGAUAUCAAAGUCACACUUUGAAUUCAAAUAUCGUACCCUUGAAGGGCCAACAAAAACCAGAAGAAAGCAAAUACAAAGGAAAGAAACCAUAUCAGAAUAUCUUGUUUUAAAUACUUCCUCUGUAUUCUCAGGGUGGUUUAAUGGUAUUAAUAUUUUAAAUUAUAGAAUAGAUUGUUAACUGCUAUACUAUGGUAUUGAAAUUUUAACUCCUUGCAUUAAGGGAUGUGAGAGGCUAUCUGCAGGUAUAAUACUUCCGAUGACCUUGGUUUACAGAAACCUCCAUCAGUCUUUGAAACUUCUCAUAUGACUCCAGUUAUUGAUUGGUUCUGUUAAUGGUAUUAAGGUACUGUUAAUAUUCGUAGUAGCUGCCUAUAGAACAAUCUUCAAACUGAGCCAUGCUUUAGGGGAGGGAAGGGAGUUAAAGUCACUUCUGUUGGUAAUAUACCAGUCACUCUUCAAACAGCAACCACGGCAAAAUCCAACAGAAAGGAAGAAAUAGCUACUGUAUAUUACAGUAAAGAAAGCUGCAUAGAAAUUUUAAAUUUAAUGGAGAUGUACAUGCUUGAUAUUUACAAGUACUGCUGCUUGAGAGUAGCAAGAGUAUUGCUUUAAAAUGCAUUCUAUCCAACUUGAGGGAUCUUUUAAAUGAUUGGCUACAUGAACAUUUGCAGUCUUGCCAUUAGGUUUGGACCUCCCAUAUUUUAUUUUAUUCUAUGAUCCUAAGUAUAUUUCUUUUUAAUAGUCUAAAAGUAUUUAUCAAUGUUGAUCAGACUUUUAAAAAUUACUUUGUAAUCCUGCUGACUACCUGUAUGUAUUGUACAUAUAUAUAUUAUAUAUUAAAUAUAUAAUAUAUUGAGAUUAUAAAAGAUGAAAAUAUUGGAUUCUUAUAAUAUUUUAAGUUGCUGAAUGUAUGUUAAAAUGUGAUUGAAUGAGAUGUGUUUAUAUCUAGAAAUUUUCUUUCUUCCUGGAAUGAGAUUAAAAUACAUUUUGAAAAUUCA